GGCCUGGACACCAAGGGGGGCGCCGUACCCCGCCCCCCCAGGGCAGACCCCGGGCCCCGAGCCCGCCUCCCGAUCUACCCCUCCCCAGGCACUGCACCAUCCUCUGUCACCAUGGCGACGCGCCCGAGGCCCCGCGCGUCCCCGCCGCCCCGUGCACGCGCUGCGCGGCCGCGAGCGCCAUGGGGGCCGUGCUGCGCUCCGCGCGGCCGCUGCAGCUCACGCUGGCGGUGCUGAAGCCGGACGCCGUGGCCCACCCGCUGGUGCUCGAGGCCGUGCACGAAACCAUCCUAAAUAACAAAUUCCUCAUCGUGCGGACCAAGGAGCUGAUGUGGAGAAGGGAAGAUAGCCAGCGAUUUUACCAGGAGCACUCAGGGCGAUUUUUCUAUCAGAGGCUGGUGGAGUUCAUGGCCAGUGGCCCAAUGCGGGCUUAUAUCCUAGCCCAUGAAGAUGCUGUUGCACGCUGGAGGUCUCUCAUGGGACCCACCAAAGUGUACCGAGCCCGAAACACAGCUCCAGACUCCAUCCGAGGAGCCUAUGGCCUCACUGACACGAGGAACACCACACAUGGCUCAGACUCGGUGGCAUCGGCCCGUAGAGAAAUUGCCCUCUUCUUCCCAGAGUUCAGCGAGAGUCUCUGGUACCAGCAGGACGAGCCACAUCUGCGCUGCGGCCUGGCACGCUACGAUGCAGAGGAGCGUGUUCACAGCCUACCCAAGGCUGGCAGGACAGAGUCAUCCUAGAGCAGAGGGGGAGACUUACCAUUGACUAACCCCCUUGGAGAUGGUGAGGGGGCAUUGCCUUCCACGCAGGAAGUGCUGCUAGCAGCACCAGCUGGACUAUCCCUGUAACAAGGACAGGGAGCUAUGUAAUGUCUGUUACAGUGGGCGAAUACCAGAUGCAAUACACAUUACACCACGC